CGUGCUCCCGGUCCAUAAUGGCUGACGUGACGGAGAACUUCAUAAGUGGCUACAAUCGGUUUCUGCGGGACCACCGAGAUAGCCGAAGUGCUGAUCUUCCGCUGUUGACUGCAAACUGGCAGGUUCCGAUGAUCGUCGCAGCCUACCUGGUGGUGGUUCUCCAGAUCGGACCACGUUUUAUGGCCAACCGUAAGCCAUACGAGUUGAAAGGGGUGAUCCGGAAGUACAAUCUACUACAAGUGCUAGUCAACGGUGUGCUCUUUGUGGUGCUGAUCCGCCACCUAUUGAAACGGGCCAGCUUUUCCUACGUUUGCCAACCGGUCGACUUAUCCAGCACUGCCAGUGGCUAUGAAGAACUGUACGUUUCAUAUGCUUACUUCGUAUUGAAGGUUCUCGACCUGGCAGACACGUUGUUUUUCAUCCUACGCAAGAAGCAGUCACAACUAUCGUUCCUACACGUCUACCAUCACGCUACCAUGGUAGCGGUCUCCUACUUUGGUGUUCUGUUUGUUCCAGGAGGUCACAAUUUAAUUCUGGGCGUGUGGAACACACUGGGUCAUACGGGUAUCUACCUGUAUUACUAUCUAACGACGUACAACUCUAGGCUAGCUGCUCACUGUAAGAAGCACCUCACCCGAAUGCAACUGUUUCAGUUCGUCUAUCUGAUGGUUCACUUCGGUCGACCCGCACUGACGGGGAUGGACUGCGGCUUUCCCCAGCUGUGGCAUUGGAUCGGACUGCUGCAGACGGGGUUCUUCUUGGUGAUGUUCCUGGAUUUCUACGUCAAGUCCUACGUUCGGAAGCCGCAGAAGUUGGAGUGAAGCGUGGUUGCUAAG